AUGACAACACUUCGGGUAGCAACGGUCAAUGUACAUUCAUUUCGACAGCCACGUAGUAUUUCCAGUAAUGUUACGGAAUUGAGUGCCAUUCUUGCGCCAUUGAAUCUCGAUGUGAUUGCUGUGCAAGAAAUGCAAGAGAACGAAAGGUGGAGAGAGUUUUCUCAACGUCUGUCUCUACCUUUCUCUGUAUAUGGACCACCGAAGCGUACUUUUUGUAACGGUAUCAUCUCUCGAUAUCCAAUACAUUGGUAUUCGGUUCAAAGAACGGAUUUCUUUUGUGAAGGUGGCACACGGUCGAUGUUGCAAUUCAGUUUAGAAGGUAUACAGAACAUGAAAUUUGCUCUGACGCACUUAGAUCAUCGAAAUGAAGAUGAUCGAUUGAGGCAAAUACAGAAAUUUCGGCCACAUGAAGAUAAUAUUGAUAUACUCAUCGGGGAUCUGAAUGCUUUAACACGAGAAGAUUAUUCAAACAGUUAUUAUCGCGAUAUUGUUCUUGGUAAACGCGAAAAAGCCGACUGGGAACGGCCACGUUUCGAUUUAACGGAAUUAAUAACAAAACAAUGGAAGUAUCAAGAUACUUUUCGCAAGCUGAACCCAACACUAAAGGAUAAACAGGUGGCAACAUGUCCGUAUGGAACAAGAAUCGAUUAUAUAUACACACAUCCUCGUAUGAAUGAAUAUUGGAAAUUAAUUGAAUGUUCAAUUAUCGAUACAAAUGGAGCCACUGAUCAUCAUGCUGUUAUAGCGGAAUUCAAACAAAUAACAAAAUAUAAAAUCGAUUGA